UAAGUGGCAUACACACACAGAGAAGCGUAUCUCAUUACUGUUGUCCUCAUAGUGCAGGCAGUGGGUGUUGCAAGAGGAGGCGAGAAGGAGAGCUUCACAGAGAAAGAGAGUGAGAGAGGGACAAGCAGUAGAGAGCUUGGAGUGGUUCUUCUGAGGCCAUGGCAGCCAUGGAGUCAGAGGAAAACACCCAGUCCAGAGUGAUGUUCCAGCCCACGGGCAAAGUCGACGAGCCAGGGCACCGCAAGCUUGGCAAGCUGACCGUCAAGUACAACCGCAAGGACCUGCAGAGGAGGCUGGACAUUGAGGAGUGGAUAGAUGAACAGCUGCACCUGCUCUUUGACUGUGAGGAAGAAGACAUCCCAGAGUUGGAGAUUGACAUAGAUGAGUUGCUGGAGCUAUCAGAUGAGGGGCAAAGAAUUCGACUACAGGAGUUGCUGCAGGAAUGCAGGAAGCCAAUAGAGGAUUUUGUCAACGCGCUGCUCUACAGGAUAAAGGGACUUCGCAAAAUGUCAGGCCCCUUGAAGAAGUAGUUCUAGGUCAAAUAAAGAAUUGAGACAACGGAUUCUCAUUGGUUCCAAGCCCCCAUGUGUUUACUGUUUGGAUGCCUGUAUGUGCAGUUCACACCCUCAAGGGGGUUCUUCUUGCCCUCUUCCCCGGUCAGCAUCAGUUGGACACCAAAGCAGUCAAGAGACUUUUGACUUUUUGGACUGUGACAUCAUGCACCCCAACCUCCCCGUCAAAUAUAAUAAUGCACAUGUGAUGGAAGCUGUAAUAUUAUUCCAGAUAUUUUUCAUGUGUUAAGACUGUAAAUUUGUGUUUGCUUGUUAAUGUACAGAUAUUUUCACUCAUCUAAGAGUGCUGUAUGACAAUAAAAUGAGACAUUUUCAAUA